AUGAGUUUCGUAACAUAAAUUGAAUUGUUAGUUUUUAUUAGAAAUUUUCGAAAUGUUGAUCUAUUUUAAUAAGGAAUCUAUAGGAUAUAAUUAGGAAUACAAAAACAUUUACCAUAUUUAACUUUAGAUUAAUUGGGAAUCAAUAAAUAAAAAAAACCUAGAGAUUAAAAAUUAGUUGGGCAAGACAUAAAAGAUUAAUAUUUUCUAUCAAGUUCAUUUGUAAUUAGAUAUGAAGAUGAAGAAGUAAAUGUUAAUAUAAACUUAGAUAAAUUUAUAAGAAGGAUGUAUUUUUAGAAUAGAACAGAAUACAUUUGCUUAAUUAAAUUCUGUAGAAUUACAGGUUGAUUUAUUAUUUUUAGAUGCUAAAUCUGUUGAAAAUCUUCAAGAAUAAUAAGAAUUGACUUUAAACAAAAUUUCUUCUUAGACCUACGUCAUUCGUUCUCUAAAAUAAAUAAAUCAUAAUUAUUUACCUAUAACUUUUGAUCCUAAUACGGCAUGUGUCAUAAAUUGUUUAGUGUUCUCAUUGCCUUUGAGUAUAAUUAAGUGAUUAAUAGACAUAAAGUUCUAAUAGACAAAAGAUGGAUUAACACUGACAGAGUAUAUUGAAAAAUAUAAAAAAAAGGGAUAAUUAGAAUUGCUAUAAAAGAAAACAUUAGAUUAUUUGGAAUCAAUUUUGAAAUAGUUCAUUCAGUUAUACAAAAAGACAAUUGCCGAAUACAUGAGUGAGCCAUCAAAAUUAUCACAUUAUUUCGUAUUAAAAUAAUUAAAUAUAAAUUUAGUCUUAAUUAGCCUGUUUGGGAGAAGUUGAAUACAAUAACAUAGAAUUAGAACGCUAAAUUAAUUCAAUUAGUUUAUAAUUGUAUAUGAUUUGGUAUGUCUAUAUAGAUGUAAUUUCAAAAGUUUAUUCUAAAAUGAUGAAAAAAUUAAAAUUUCAAUAUAUUUCUGAACUCCAAAUCUUAUAUGAAGAUUUUAUAAUUAAGAUAAAUAAUUUAGAUCAAUUUGAGAAAACAUAAAAAAACUAAAAUUUCUUAAAUUCUUUAAGAUAAUUAGAUUAAAGAUAUCUACCAAUUGUUCCAAUUACUUGUANGAAGUUAAUGUAGAUAAAAAAAGAUUAUAUUAAAUUUAUGAGUUUCGUAACAUAAAUUGAAUUGUUAGUUUUUAUUAGAAAUUUUCGAAAUGUUGAUCUAUUUUAAUAAGGAAUCUAUAGGAUAUAAUUAGGAAUACAAAAACAUUUACCAUAUUUAACUUUAGAUUAAUUGGGAAUCAAUAAAUAAAAAAAACCUAGAGAUUAAAAAUUAGUUGGGCAAGACAUAAAAGAUUAAUAUUUUCUAUCAAGUUCAUUUGUAAUUAGAUAUGAAGAUGAAGAAGUAAAUGUUAAUAUAAACUUAGAUAAAUUUAUAAGAAGGAUGUAUUUUUAGAAUAGAACAGAAUACAUUUGCUUAAUUAAAUUCUGUAGAAUUACAGGUUGAUUUAUUAUUUUUAGAUGCUAAAUCUGUUGAAAAUCUUCAAGAAUAAUAAGAAUUGACUUUAAACAAAAUUUCUUCUUAGACCUACGUCAUUCGUUCUCUAAAAUAAAUAAAUCAUAAUUAUUUACCUAUAACUUUUGAUCCUAAUACGGCAUGUGUCAUAAAUUGUUUAGUGUUCUCAUUGCCUUUGAGUAUAAUUAAGUGAUUAAUAGACAUAAAGUUCUAAUAGACAAAAGAUGGAUUAACACUGACAGAGUAUAUUGAAAAAUAUAAAAAAAAGGGAUAAUUAGAAUUGCUAUAAAAGAAAACAUUAGAUUAUUUGGAAUCAAUUUUGAAAUAGUUCAUUCAGUUAUACAAAAAGACAAUUGCCGAAUACAUGAGUGAGCCAUCAAAAUUAUCACAUUAUUUCGUAUUAAAAUAAUUAAAUAUAAAUUUAGUCUUAAUUAGCCUGUUUGGGAGAAGUUGAAUACAAUAACAUAGAAUUAGAACGCUAAAUUAAUUCAAUUAGUUUAUAAUUGUAUAUGAUUUGGUAUGUCUAUAUAGAUGUAAUUUCAAAAGUUUAUUCUAAAAUGAUGAAAAAAUUAAAAUUUCAAUAUAUUUCUGAACUCCAAAUCUUAUAUGAAGAUUUUAUAAUUAAGAUAAAUAAUUUAGAUCAAUUUGAGAAAACAUAAAAAAACUAAAAUUUCUUAAAUUCUUUAAGAUAAUUAGAUUAAAGAUAUCUACCAAUUGUUCCAAUUACUUGUACAGAAUUAUUGGAUAAUCUUCCGAUAUUGAUAAAAUACUAAUAAAAUGAAUAGAAGAAUAAUCAAAUAAAUUAAUAAAAAUAUAGUAAACAUUUAAUAGUUUUUGUUCAUGGAUAUAAGGGUUCUCCAUUCGAUAUGAGAAGGUGGAGAAACAUUAUAAAAACUUAUUAUCCUAAUUGUUUUACUUUGAUGUCAAGUUGUAAUUAAAGAUAAGGUGAAGAUUCAAUAAGAGUGAUGGGACAUAAAUUAAGUAUAGAAAUAUAGACUCAUAUUUAAUUGAUGGAUGGGAUUGAUGAAUUAUCAUUUAUAUGUCAUUCAUUAGGUGGAGUUGUAACAAGAUCAGCUCUAUGUAAUUUAAGUAUGCAUUCAGAUAAGAUGAGAUUUUAUAUCAGUCUUGGAUCACCUCAUAUAGGAUUAUUUAUAAAAUAAAAUAAUUUGAUAAAAACUGGAUUAUGGUUUAUGACUACUUUUUCAUCUAGUUAAAGUAUGGCUGAAUUAUUAUUACAAGAUGCUACAAUACCUUAAAAUACUUACCUUUAUUAUUUAUCAACAAUCUAAUGUUUAGAAUAGUUCUAAAAAGUUAUUUUAGUUAGUUCAAUGCAAGAUGAUUUUGUACCAUUUGAAAUAGCUAGACUUGAAAAAUCUAAUAGAGUUCCUUAAGAUAAAUUAUAGAUCUAUAACAAUAUGCUUGAAAAUAUUAAACUACCAGAAUGCACAAGAAUAGAAGUCAAUUUUGUAUAAACAGAGAAUGAAAAGAAUUGGGAUAAUUUUAUUGGAAGAGCUGCUCAUAUGAAUUUAGUUGAGAAUACAACUAUGAUAAGAAUGAUUGUAACUUAAAGUAAAUUACUUGAUUAAUGA